CCGAACCUCGCCGCGCUCGCGAUCAACGGGAGCGAGAAGAAGAUGCUCACGCUCCAGGGCAUCUACGAGGCCAUCCAGGCCCGGUUCAAGUGGUACGAGGAGCACAAGAACGAUAAGAAGGGGUGGAAGGGCUCGAUCCGCCAUAAUCUGUCGUUGAACAAGAUCUUCAGGAAGAUCCCGAGGCCGAUCACCGAGCCCGGCCAGGGCAAGUACUGGACGCUCGACUUUUCCCAGGGCGCGGGCAACAAGCGUGAACGCCGCCGCGGGAAGGGCAAGCGCAAGCAGCAGCAGGAGCAAGAGGGCCAAGAGCAAGGGCAGGAAAAGCAGAACACGCGCCGGACGCGCAAAAGCAAGCGGCGCGCGGCGGACGACGAGGACGAGGACGACAGCGACGCGAUGGACACGGACGACAGCGACGACAGCGAGAGCGCGGCGGAAGAGGCGGACAAGACCGCCGCGCGCGCGCGGGCGCGGCGCGAGCGCGAGCGCCAGACGAGCCUCACCGAGGAGGACCUCGAGGCGAUCGCGGACCGCGCGAGCAUGAGCGCGAGCCCCGCGCCCUCGCCCGCGACCUCGAUCGACAUGCAGAUCGAUCCCGCGCUCCGCGGGGACGAGGGGCACGUCGUGGGCGACGCAUCCGCCCCGCGCCGUCCGCGCCCGCGCCCGAUCAGCCGCGCCAGCCCGCGCCCCGCGCCGUACCCCACCCCUAUGCGCCUCCCUACCGGCGCGCCGGUCGGGAUGCCGAAUAUGGCGAUGGGCAUGCACCCCGCCGCGUACCCGCCGCCUCCUCCCCCUCCGCACGGCGCGUUCGGCGGGCCGUCGCACUCGCGCUCGCCGUCGGGCGAGGCCUCGGACGAGCAGCAGCAGCAGCACGUGAACUUUCAAGGUCAAAGCUCAGGGCAGCCGGGGAAAGCGCCGCAGCCGUACCGCGAGCACCAGAUCAAGCUCGGCCGGCUGGGCGCGAACGCGCCCGCGGCGCCGCACCCGCAGGGCCAGGCGCCGCCCACGUUCGGCGCGACGGGCUUUGGGCAGCCGUCCGGGCCUGGCUUUGGGCGGUUCUCGUCGCAUCCUCCCGGGGCGUUCGGCUCGCAGCCUCAGCAGCAAGCGCAGGGGAUGAUGGGCGGCAACGGCAACCACAACAAUCCGAACCCGAACCAGGGCCAGCAUUAUCGUACUGCGCCACAGGUGCCGGCCCAGUUCCAGGCGCCGCAGGGGAUGGUCCCGCAGGCGGCGUAUGUGCCGGCACAUCAGCAGCAGCAGCAGCAGCAGCAGCAGCAAUCGCAGCAGGGAAUGCCGGUGUAUGGGCGGGUGAGGCCGGAUGUGGAGAUCGUACGCCAUGGAGGGUUGCCGAUGGCUAUCCCGCGACAGCAGAUGCAGCAGCCCAAUCCGUUCGGGGUGGGUAGCCCGGCGGGAUCGGGCGGAUCGGGCUCUGGGUCAUCAAGCUCGACACCGACACGGACGUCGUGAUUUAGAACCGCGGCCUUGUUUUUACGACGAAGAUCAAGAUUCGAUAUGCCUACCACACGCUCGUGAUGCUCGCCAUCGUUUUCGUACCGCUCUGCCUCUCCCCACGGACGUUACUCUCCAUCUUGCAUUAUCAAAAUUUGACGUUACCGAACGCAAACACAACGAUUUAUCCACACGCGACGCGGCGAGCCGAAAGUGUUCUCUUUCGGAUCGCCGGCGGUUUCUUGCACCUCCCUCCCCCUCCAUGCGUCCCCCUUGUCUACCUUAAUAUCCACCCUGUAGACGCUCUUCCGUCGAUCGCUUUCCCCCUUCCUACCUCAGGCUUUCUCCCUCAUUUAUAAUCAUAAACCAAAAAUAUUCUUGUUUGCUCC